AUGAGCACGGAGCGCCGUCUCUCGCGGAGCUUCCACUCGUGCCUGAAGGGCUCCUCCACGGAGGAGGCGGUUGACGAGGACGAGAGCUGCUACCACUCGCUGGGCGGGCGGCACUCGCUGAGCCGCCAGCCCCAGGUGUACGUCGAGGACCUAUCCAACAUCAACCUGGCCGACUUCGACACAACCCAAGACGAGGUCGACGGCGUGGGCCGCACGGGCUGUCGCACCAAAACCGCGGAGUGUCUGUACCACACUGUUAUAAUAGUUGAGUCUACAUAUAACCCUAACGAG